AUGGAAUCCGAAUCCAAAGGGCCAACAGGCCAAUGCCCUUCGUUCAUAGAAAAUAUCCCACUCGAACUUCUAUCCGAAAUCAUCGGCUUCCUCGACAUGAGGUCUGACAUGAUUUCACUCCUCCAAACUUCUAAAACUAUGUACUACGGAACCUACCCACAUUUUUGGCGUACCUUUGAACCUGUAUUUCAGGACGGCGCAAAAGAAUGCGAUCUCGAAAAAUUACUUACCAUCACCAACGAAAAAGGUGUCAAUGCCAUGGGUUUCAAUCACAUCAAAGAAAUAAGAUUUUUUUCCGGUCAUAUGAGAUCAUCCCUCCGGCGAUUAUAUGUGGGUGAGGCUGCGUGCGCGGCAAGGAGACAAUAUGACAAGUUCUUUCCUGGCGAACUAUUCGAUAUAUUCUCCGAUAAGCUUGCAUCCGGGGAAAUGACACUUCGGCGCGUGAGACUACACUUGGUGGAAGCUGGAUGCGCUAGCGAAAGCGCCCUAAACUUUCUUCGGGUUUUGAAAGAAUAUUCAAAGUCGAAUAGAUUAUCGAUCGACGCAACCACCGACAUGUGUAACCGGUGUACAUAUGCCCGCUGCCUUCAAAUAGAUGCUUUCGCAUUAGAAUGCUUUACACAUCUACAACUCCCAUUUCUUAGUAGUGCAUCGCUUACUACAGAACAUGAUACUAUAGAAGAGAUAGAGGUGGUUGUCAAAAUACUACAACUGACCAAAUCACUGAAACAGCUCGAAUUGAUGGGGAAUAAACACGCCAUGGAUUGUGAUUUUCCAAUCUCCAAGCUUCCCCAGCUAGAAGAUCUGCAGAACGCAGUCACAAACUUAAAAUACCUUAAAUGUCUUAAGGUUUUGGGCUUGAUCUUCCAUCCUUCAUUCUUUCUUAUUCCUCCUGAUAGUGUUACAAAAUUGGGUCUGACGCAAAUAGUCUCGAUUUCAUGGUGGCGAAAAUUCGCACAAUGCCCUCUAGUAAACGUAACGGAACUGAAGAUGAAAGCAUCCUAUCUCGGAGCAAGAACCAGUAGAGAGCCGUCCCGCUGGUUAGGAGAAGAUGAUAAAGAAGCCAAUGAAGCAAAGGACAAGAAUUAUAAAUUUUUUCUUGGAGGGUUGGCAAUGCAAAACUUGAGAAAAUUUGUAUCACGCCGGCCAUACUUCUACUGGCCCGAGGAUUUUUGGGAUUUAUUACAUGAACGAAAUAAAGGGAUUGCAAUUGAAAAAAAGUAG